AUGUGGCAGGACGACGAGGAUAACAACCCGUACGGGUCAUUUAACAACCAGGACUCCUCCGUUGAACCCUCCAAUCCAACUCUAGGCACCUCCUACUCCUCAGAGCAACCGACUUCGCCUACCUCAUAUUCUACUUCCUCCAACCAAGCCUCACAGUUCCACGACGACGAUGACGACGAGGAAGAGGAGGACGGGGGCCAGGUGGAGAGUGGCCCUGUGCCUCCCAAAGGCGGUUACGACAGCAGAGUACAGCAGAUCCUUUAUGAACAACCCGACCUGGAAAUCGUCAUUACGGACGCAGGCAAGAGCGCGGAUGGAGGGUACAUUGUGUACAAGAUCCGGACUGCCGACAUCGAGGUUGCAAGGAGAUAUUCAGAGUUCAGUUCACUGCGCGCCGCUCUGAUCAACCUCCAUCCCACAUUAAUCAUUCCUCCAAUCCCUGAGAAACAUACUAUGGCGGAUUAUGCCGCCAAACCCACAAAGGCAAAGGAAGACGUCGGCAUAAUCGACCAGCGAAAACGUAUGCUUGCAGUGUUUUUGAACCGUUGCCGGAGAAUGAAAGAGGUGGUCGAGGACGGCGUCUGGUGGAGAUUCCUGGAUCCGAAUUCAAGCUGGAAUGAAGUCUUACAUGCCCAUCCAGUAUCUUCUGUGCCAAAGAACAAUCUGAAAGCGCCCCCUCUGGACCCAGCGAACCCAACUCCUGCUCAUAACUGGUUACCCAUUCCUUCUUCCUCUGCCAAACUCAGGCCCUUUGGACCAACGUCUUCGACUGGAACGCCCAUAUCUCCCCCGGAUCAGACCUUCCCGUCAGUCGCAUCGCAUACGACACCCGGUCCCCAAGUCUUUGGACGGUUCCCCGUGAACUCGGAGAGACUCAGCGAGACGGACCUUGACCCUUACUUUAUCAACUUCGAACAGAAUACGCGGGAGCUCGAGAUCCUAUUACAAGGCAGUAUUGAAAAAGUGAACCGCCGCACUAUCGAGCAUUUGACCAAGCUUUCCGCGGACCUCGCAGAGCUGGGUGCGCGGUAUAAUGGAUUCUCACUCUCCGAGCAGUCACCAACUGUAGCAGCAGCAAUCGAGCGGAUAGGUCAGGCUGUUGACAGCACCUAUAUCUCAACCGAGGAGCUAUCGCUGAGCUUGGGGGCCACAUUCGCCGAGCCUAUGAGGGAGAGUGCACAAUUUGCAGGCGUGGUUCGGAAUGUGCUGAAAUACAGAGUCCUCAAACGAGUGCAGCAAGAGAUGACCAGGGAGGACUUGGAGAAGAAACGGCAUCUCCUGGACCAGCUGGAGCGCAGUGAGUCAGAAGCGAAACGGAUUGAUGCGUAUCUGGCCGGGAGCACCACACUCGCGAGCCCACCUCGGCGCUCAGCGUCGAAUGCAUCCGCAAGGGGCCCGCCAGAGAGAAGGGACGGACAGCACGAAGAGACCGAAUCUGUUGACUCUGACUUUCCACCCACUCACGGCGAGCCUCCAUCAUCGCCCCCUUCGGCUGCACAAGGUCAGCCGCAGCAGACUCCACCCUCACCAGCAACACACAAAAAGUCUCCCAGCGGCAACUUUGUGACCAACAAGAUAUUUGGCAGCUUCAGACAUGCAGUGAACGGCUUUGUGGAUGUUGAUCCGGAAAGGACGAGACGGGAUCAGAUUGGGAAAACGCGUGAAAGCCUGAUUCACCUGGAACAGGCUCUAGAAGUGUCGGAGAAGGACGUCCACGAUGCCACUCAAGGAGUGAUGCGAGACUUGAAGAGGUUCCAGAAGGAGAAGGAAGACGACCUUCAGAGAUACAUGGUCUCGUAUGCACGAUGUCAUAUCGAGUGGGCGAGAAAGAAUUUGGAGACAUGGUCGGAAGCGAGGGAUGAGGUGGACAAGAUUGUUGCGAGAUAA